AUGCUGAUUCCUAGCAAGAACAGAAAAGCAAUUUACGAAUACCUCUUCAACGAGGGAGUCGCCGUUGCUAAAAAAGACUUCAACCUUAAACAGCACCCUAAUAUUCCUGGUGUUACCAAUCUUGAGGUGAUCAAGGCUUUAAAGAGUCUUGCCUCUCGUGAACUUGUUAAAGAGCAGUUCGCAUGGCGACACUAUUACUGGUACCUGACCGAUGAGGGUAUCGCUCAUUUGAGGGAGGUUCUGAACCUUCCCGCUGAGAUUGUUCCUUCCACGGUGAAGAGCAAGCCAAGAGAGGUCCGCGCUGCAGCCAUUGAACGCAUCCCUCGUCCAGGUGCUUUUCUCUUUCUUUCAUUUUCAAGUUUUCUUUACAUUUAA